CGGCUUCCACCAUGGCACCUUCAGCCAUCUACACUCCCGACGAGCGGAGCAAAGGCGUGAGGUUGGCGAAGAGAACUGAAUACGAUGCCGACUUGAUCCAUUCCAUCAUCAACGAAUGCCCAGUUCUGCACGUCUCCUUCAAUGCGCCACUCAAAGAAGGACCUCAAUUUCCCACUAUAUUACCUAUGCUUGGAGCUCUGGAUACAUACAAUGAUGACGGGGAGCCAAGUGUUUACCUCCAUGGGUCUUCAGUUGCAAGACUUUUCAAAUUGACUCAAGGUGGCGAGAUCCCCGUCUGCGUUGCGGGUACGCUCUUCGACGGGUGGGUGCUCGCUCUAGCACCAUUCCACAACAGUUGCAACUAUCGUUCAGCCGUAAUUUUCGGCUACGGAAGCCUUGUCGAAGACCCAGAGGAAGUACAAUUCGCGCUGCGAUCGAUCACCAACAACAGCAUUCCUGACCGAUGGGAGAAUAGCCGCAAGCCACCACGAAAGGAUGAAAUCACUUCUACAGGUGUGUUGAAAGUACGGAUCGAGACAGCUUCCGCAAAGACGAGAGCAGGAGGUCCGAGCGAUGAGAAGUUCGAUCUUCAGAAUCCAGAUGUGGUAAAUAACACCUGGAUUGGAGUCGUUCCAACAUAUAUGACGUUGGGAGAGCCUAUGGCAGGAGAGGAGAAUAAAAUGAAGCAGCUUCCUGAGUAUCUCCAGGAUUGGGUGGCCGACAAGAACUCGAUGAGUGAGCAGGCGGCGAUAGAUGCGGUUGAGGGUGAGGGUGAUUAUGGUGGUCCAAAGAAGCGGCGUUAGCAAAGUACCCGCGAGGGAUUCGGAAUGGACUGUGCUUCCAGUAUUGAGCUCUUAUAAGUAUCUUGCCACUGUCUGGGAGGAUUCCUCCAGAUCUUAGAAAUUCAGCAUAUGCC